ACUAACAGUAAAGACGCAACACUAGAAUAAAUCAUUUAUGUUCUAAAUCUUAAGCUAUAUUUAUUUAAAUAGCAAAGCUAAAAAUAAGUUUUUCGCAAUUACAGACCAUCAGUCGAGAGAUGAGUGCUAAGAUCAAGCUACUACCACGGAACCGGUGAAGCGAUACACUCAUACUAUCAGCUACUUUCCUAAACAAUCAUACGCAUGACAAACACACGUUGCAGUAUGCUCUAGAAAUAAUUGUAAAUGAUAAACACGCAUGUCAGCUUCCACAUCGCUGGGCAACGCAACGCUCUUUAGCAGUUUGAGAUUGGAUUCCACGCAAAUCACAGUGUUCUAUUUCGCACAGUUAUACAAAUCGGAGCUUGAUAGAAAAAAAUAUUAUUUAAACAAAACGAAUUUCUUUUUCUUGAAAUGACUGAAAUAGCACUUGAUGAUAUACUAAUCGAAAUAGGAACAUUUGGUUGGUUUCAGUUGCGACAAUUUUUAUUAAUGAUUUUGCCACUCGUGUUUAAUGCUUUUUCCAACUUGUCAUAUGUAUUCAGUGCAGCCGAUCUUAACUACAGAUGUUUCAUACCUUACUGUGAGAAUCGCACUGACACCUCAUACUUAUCGGAAUGGCUAAAGGCAGCUGUUCCAUUUAACGAUAACCAACCAUCAAAGUGCGAACGUUAUGAAAUGCUGGCAAAUAUCUCCACCGAUUACCUGAAUUGUCAACCUAGUGACUUUAACGGUUCGUUCACCACGCGAUGCCAAGAGUUCGUCUACCAAGAUAAUACCGAAAAAACCAUUGUCAAUGAGUUCGAGCUCACAUGUGAUGAGAAUGCUUGGAAAAUAGCAAUGGUUGGAACCGUGCACAGUAUUGCGCAAGCAUUCGCGCUUUUGAUUGGAGGAUUUUUUUCUGAUCGAUACGGUAGAAAGUGGGCACUGCUAGCUUCCGUUGCAUUCGGAUCAACCCUUGGUAUUAUUAGGUCCUUUUCUGUAAAUUAUGAAAUGUUCUUAGCAUUUGAGUUUCUAGAACCUUUGCUGGGCUCUACCAUGUACACUACCGCAUUUAUAUUAGGGCAGGAACUAGUAGGACCCAAGCAACGCGUGCUAGCCAAAAGCUUGUGUCUCGUAGUGUUCGCCUUGGGUGAAGCUGCCAUGGGAUUAAUUGCAAUGUUUAUCCACAAUUGGCGGUAUUACUUGUUGGCCAUUUUUGUCCCAGGAUUAGUUUCAUUAUCUUUUCUAUGGAUUACCGCUGAAAGUGUACGUUGGCUUCUUUCCAAAGGUCGGCGUGCAGAAGCUGUUUCUAUUUUGGAGAAAGCUGCACACGUCAAUCGUCGAACACUUUCAGAAAAUACACGAAAACUCUUUGAUGGAGAUCACUACCAAUGUGAUCCAACGGAUGAAAAUCCUUCUGUAGUACAUCAAAUUCAAGAAGUAUUUAAGUACAGGGGACUCACCAUUCGUUUGGUCAUCUGCUCAUUUUGUUGGUUUACCAAUGUAAUGGUAUACUACGGACUAACACUAAAUUCGGUCACGUUGGCUGGAAACAAAAACGUUAAUUUCAUCCUUAUAACACUCGUUGAAAUACCGGCUGCACUUAGCAUGAACUUCAUCAUGAAUCGAUUUCCACGGCGUACAACCCAGUUCCUGUCUUUAGCACUGUGUGGAGUAUUAUGCCUCAUUACACUAGCUAUACCUAAUGACAUUCAAUGGAUCAACACGACAAUGUUUCUAUUGAGCAAAAUGGCCAUAUCGUUUUCGUUUGGUGUGCUGUAUAUCUAUACAGCAGAAAUAUUUCCCACAACUCUACGCCAAAGCUUGCUAUCCAUAUGCUCCAUGAUUGGACGACUAGGAGCAGUUGUUGCCCCGCAAAUGCCGCUGCUUGCAAAAGCAUGGCAGCCUUUACCCAUGAUACUCUUCGGAUCUAUUGCUAUAUUGGCGGCCUUUGCAGUUCUAGAAUUUCCAGAAACCGGCAAUGUUCGACUUCCCAACACAGCUAGUGAAGCUGAAAAUCUCAAACAAGAUCACUCGGGAUCGGAGCGUUCUGAAAGUGAAUAAAUUUCUUUUGAAAUCCACACGGCUGUUAAUAGUAAAAUAAAAAUCCGAUCAAUAAGUUACUUCAUUUAACAUACAGGAAAUAUUGUUUUUUUACGAUGAUGGUCAGUUCUCACGAAAUAUAUAAAAGACGUCCAGCAGUAGGUGUAAAAGUAGGAUUUAUAGUAAAACAAAAGAAUAUGUAAUAAAAAAGCAAUCAAUGGUCCCAAAAGAUCAUUACAAUACCGUAACGAUAAGCAGAGACGGUGCGAUUUUACAUAUUGCCAAUGAAACUUGCGUAUCACGCACUUGUGUGCUCGAUGCUUUCGACGAUGAUAACGACAGAAUUGCGCAAUUGACUCACAAGCAAAACUCAGCAUCUCA